UUAUACUUUCCUCAUCUCUUCUAAUGCCCUCACUUCAUCUCAUUUCACUCCUCCGCAACAGUGACUAAUCCAAGCCAGAAACAGAUCGGUUGGCAGGAUGUCUCUGCUGCUUUGUUGUGCAGUGAUGGCUCUGCACCUCGUAAAAGGGGUGGAUGCUGCCUCGGGGGUGGUGAACACCACAGACCAGGAAGUGGUAGGGGUGGAGCCCCAGUCCCCAUGCCCAGCCGGAUGGCAUCAGAAUGGGCAUCGCUGCUUCUCCUUCUACCCCGUCUGGGCCACCUGGUCCACAGCAGAGUCGUACUGCUCCCUGCACAGAGGGAAUCUAGUGUCGGUUCACAGCCCGGGUCAACAGGUGUUUGUCCAGGACCUGGUCAGGAGACACACAGACCAGCCGGUCUGGAUGGGGGGCUACGACGCAGCUCAGGAGGGGAUGUGGCUGUGGAGUGACGGCUCAGCUGUUGACCAUUUUUACUGGGAGGAGGAUGAGCCCAGUAACUCUGGACAGGGGGAGAACUGUAUGGAGCUACACACUGGAGAACUGGUUGAAGAGGUGAGUAUUUAUGACGUCCUGUGGGAGACCAGUAAGAGAGUAGCAGAUGAGACCCUCUACUCAGCCUUCCUCAGAGGGAUGUAUUCCAGACGUCUGCCUGCCCGCUUCUACGCUGACUUCUGCCACCAGGAGGCGCUAUACCUGGACAGAGUCAUCACCAUGCUGCAGGUGCUGAUCAGAACAGUCCAGGGUCCCCCAGACAUCAUGCUGUUUCUCCAGACAACACAUCAACACUACCAGGAGUCUCUGAAGGAGGCCCAGAACCAAACUCCACCACACCUG